CAACCAUCCACCUCAUACACAAACACAUUGCUAGACUACAGGCUAAGUGAAAGGCAUUUGGAGAAGAAUGGUAAAGAAUAGCAUGCUAGGCUUGGUGCUGGCUUUGGCCUUCGCCAUCGCCGGAUCCCUACUGUCUGGUGCCCGUGCAGAGGGUGGAUGCCAACAAGAUUAUAAUGCAUUGGUUCAGCAGUGCAGCGCAUACGUUCGGAAGACCGGGCCUUUUGUCCCACCCUCAACACAGUGCUGCUCUGUUAUCCAGCAUGCAGACAUUCCAUGUGUCUGCAAGUACAUCACACCGGAAGUGGAGAAGCUUAUCAGCAUGAAGAAGGUGGUCUACAUCAUGGAACAAUGCGGUCGGCCUCUGAAGCAUGGAAGCAAAUGUGGAAGUUACAUAGUUCCAUGGGAUGGCGUGACCUUUAAGCAAAGUUCCAUGGCAUGAUCUUUAAGCAAAAUGGGGAGGAUACUGCUUUGUUAUACAAUAAAUUUCAUUUGUAUCGAAAACAUUAUAUGGAUCAAAUGUAUCGGCAGAUGUUUUCUACCCUUGUAUUAAAACUUAAGUUUAUCUAAUGCUACAUAGUUUAU